AGAAGUCGAGGCGCGGGCAGCAAGUGGCCCGCCUUCUCUUGUGACGCAUGGCUCACGCUACGGUACGCCAUUUGUGUCUAGCAGUAAAAAGCGCGGACGGUGGAAAUAGUCGUAUAAGAAGAGGAGCUUGAUUCUGCAUUGAUGAAAGCAACCAAAUUUACCGUUACAUAAUUAUAACAGGAUAUGAUAUGGAUAAAACCUUGAUACCAGAAAAGACGGCUGUUGAGGACAAAGUGCCUGACAAUGACAUCAGUGGGAAGGUUCAGCCACAUGAUGUGGACACAGUGGAAACUAAAAGCAACUCAUCCAGUAAGACUGCCAGGCCUGAUGAAGGAGAUCAGGAGCUCACUGAGAAACUACAGCCAGACUCUGUACCUGAAGAUGAGGAUAACCUCUGCACAGUUUGUGGAUUCUCAGCCAAAUAUCCCAGAUCACUGAAGACUCACUAUGCAAGAAAGCAUAGAAAUAACUCAAAGAAUACCAAUAGAACUGCAAAGCCUGCUGAAAAAAGUGAAAAUAUCUCUGACACGAGUCCAGCUGAAAUCCAACAGGAAGUAAACAUGGAGACAGAAAGUGCAGAAGUUAAACAAAACCAGGAGACUGAGCUUGAUGAGCUGAAAUCAGCAGCCAGUGACAAUGACAUGAACACAAAGAGUUUGACUAAAAAGGAAACUGAACUAGGCAAACGGCAGGCGGGUGAGGAGGAGGCAGUCCAAACCCAAGAGAGAAGAGUGAGCAAGCGAACCCCAAAACCUAAGAUGAUACAUUCCUGCAACUACUGUGGGCAAGAGUUCAGGGGCAAGUCCCCCCUAGAUGUACAUAUCCAGAGAUACCACACCAAAGACACCCCCUACACAUUUGACGCUGAUGAGAACAUGGAUAUAGAAGAGGAAUCUAAAGAUCCUGGCAUCACCGUGAAAGCCACUCCAACACGAGCCACAGCCAAGCGUACGCUAAGCAGGUUCCAGCUGAAGUGUACACACUGUGAAUUUAGGGUUAGCACUCCGGCACUUCUGGAGAGCCAUGCUCGAGUCAAACACCUAGAUCAGGAGUGGUACCGUUGCAAAUUGUGUAACUUUUUCUCAGCCACAUCUAAGUGGAUGGAGACUCACCUGUCUUCUGAUCGCCACAUGCAGCAGGAGAAGGGGGAGAAAAGCACAGAACUUUCUUCCUUUGAAGUCUAUGUUGAGAGCAUAAACAGAGAUUUUUCUAGAGAAGGUGCUAUAAUAGAUGAUAUAACUGAGGUGGCAGGAGGAGAAGGGUUAGCUAAUUUGAUGGAAGGAGAUCAGGAAGCUGAAGAGGCAGCAGAGGCUGCCAAAGCUGUGUCAGUUCAGGAGGAGGAUUCGGAGCUUGAGCCUCCCAGAAAGAAAAGAGGAAGGCCGAAGCAAGGAUCCACAACCACUUGCGGAUACUGUGGUCUGGUUGUGUCUAAUGCUACUAACCUCAGUGUCCAUGUUCGGCGCAAACACAGCAAGGAGUAUGGCUAUAGCUGCACUCUGUGCAACUACAGCUGCGUGACCAAAGGAGACAUGGAUCGUCACUGUAUCACGAAAAAGCAUGUUCGACGUGCGCAAGAGUGUGCAAAUAGGAACACGGUCAAAAAUCAUACAAGUACUUCACCACAGGAACCCACAACUACACAAGCACAGGAACCAAAUGGAGUCUCACAGACGACUGACAAGGAGCAGGAAACUGACGUCACGACACCCAACGAACACAGUGGGGAAGAGCAAACUCAGACAGACACAAACCAGAAAAAAAGUAAAUAUGACUCCGUUAAUUCUUGCAGCCAUUGUGAUUUUGUAGCUCAGUCACUCCCUUCCCUCCAUCUUCACGUCAAGAGAAAGCACACCAAAGACUUUGAGUAUGUCUGUCUAGCGUGUAGCUACUAUGCUGUAACAAGCAGGGAAAUGUCUCGCCAUGCCAACACAGAAAAGCACAAACAGAAAAGCCAGAAAUACCUGGAACCACUAGGGAAUGAGGGGCAAGGAGCUUUGGCAGUCCCACUGAAGCUGAAGGAGGUCAUUGAGUUUGUAGGGGAAAACUCUAACUCUGAAUGUGAACCUCCCAGCCCCACAGAAGAGUCCAAAUCUUGUUCUGAUGGCAACCAAGCUAUGGAAAGCCAGAAUACUACUACACCCUCUGCCACAAUGGAGUCUGUUGAUGCUGUGGCUAGUGUGGCUGGCAGUGCAGAUGAAAAGCAAUCAGAGAGUGGCACUGAACCAGAGCCAGCUGACCAGACAACUGGACUUGCAGCACUGCCUGAGCCCCAGAAGACCCCAGUAGAACUUGAACCUGCACUGGAUCAGUCUGCACAGACAGACAGCCAGGAGCAAGGGGCUAAACAAGCAGGCGACGAACACUCAAAUGCAGAUGUGGAAAUUUUAAAUGCAAAAAGUGACAGCUCUCAUUCUGAUACGCAAAUGUCCAAGGCCCUUCCCUUUGAUGAUUGCAUUGUAUCCAUGAAGGCCCUUGCUGAGCAGGAGCAAGCUCUGCAGGAAGGUAUGGCUUUAGAAGGCGAGGCUGCUGUAAUAUGUCUGACUGGAGGAUCACCAGUAUCCUCUAGCUUCCUGUCCUGCAAUUCAACAUAUGUCAAGAAGCUCAAACGACACACAGUGAAGGUGAGAGAGGAAGCCAAAGGAAGCAACUCUCGCAUACGCUGCGAGGACUGCGGCUUUAUGGCCGAUGGCAUCAGUGGGCUCAACGUUCACAUCUCAAUGAAGCAUCCGUCAAAAGAGAAGCAUUUCCACUGCUUGGUGUGUGGCAAGUCAUUCUACACCGAGAGCAACCUGCAUCAGCACCUGACCAGCGCUGCCCACCUCCGCAACGAGCAGAACAGCGUGGAAGAGCUGCCCGAAGGAGGCGCAAGCUUCAAGUGCGUGAAAUGCACGGACCGCUUUGAAUCAGAGCAGGAUCUGUUUGUUCACAUAAAGGAGAAACACGAGGAGCUUCUGAGGGAGGUUAACAAGUAUGUGUUGGAAGACACGGAGCAGAUCAACCGCGAGCGAGAAGAGAACCAGGGCAGUGUGUGUAAAUACUGUGGGAAGGUGUGCAAGAGCAGCAACUCCAUGGCCUUCCUGGCACACAUUCGCACACACACCGGAUCCAAGCCCUUCAUGUGUAAGAUUUGCAACUUUGCAACUGCUCAGCUGGGAGACGCCAGGAACCAUGUGAAGAGACACCUUGGCAUGAGGGAGUACAAAUGCGACAUCUGUGGAUGGGCCUUUGUGAUGAAGAAACACCUCAGCACACACCUGCUGGGAAAACAUGGAAUUGGACAGCGUAAAGAGAGGAAGUUUGAAUGUGACUUGUGCGAGCGCUCCUUCAGUGAAAAAUGGGCCCUGAACAACCACAUGAAACUGCACAGUGGGGAGAAACCAUAUAAGUGUGCCUGGCCGUCCUGCCACUACGCCUUCCUCAACCUGUCAGCCAUGAAGGACCACUACAGGACUCACACUGGAGAGAAGUCUUAUCUGUGUGACAUGUGUGGUUUUGCUGGAGGGACAAGACACGCCCUUACCAAACACAGACGUCAACACACAGGAGAGAGACCCUUCAAAUGUAAGCUCUGCAGCUUCGCCUCCACCACACAGUCCCACCUAUCGCGGCACAAACGUGUUCACACUGGAGAGAAACCUUACCGCUGCCCCUGGUGCGACUACAGAUCCAACUGUGCUGAGAACAUCCGGAAGCACAUUCUCCAUACGGGCAAACAUGAGGGUGUGAAGAUGUACAACUGUCCCAAAUGUAACUAUGCCACCAACUCUCCCAUGGAGUUCCGCAACCACCUGAAGGAAAAUCACCCUGAUAUUGAGAAUCCAGACCUUGCCUACCUUCAUGCAGGAAUUGUGUCCAAGUCUUUCGAGUGUCGUCUGAAGGGUCAGGGGGCUACGUAUAUAGAAGCAGAAGCCGUGGACUCCCCCGUGAGCAAGAAGGGCUCAUCUGAAGCGUCCGGCCACGAUGAGCCUGUCCAGCAGGUCAUCAUCAUUCAGGGCUACAGUGACGGGGAGGUGGCCAUUGACCAGGCCCUGGAGGAGUCAGCUGCUGCCACCUUGCAGACACUGGCCAUGGCCGGCCAGGUGGCAGAGGUGCUCCACAUCACAGAAGACGGACAAGUCAUUGCCUCUGGCAGGGAAGUGGCAUCCGGUGGGGCCCACCUGGCCGGAGGCAGCACCCAGUAUGUGGUGCUGGAGUCAGGGGAGGCUAGGGAAGGGCUGCGGGCUGUGACUAGAGGAGGGGUCACGGCCACGGCACAAAGUCACAUUGUUUCAGAGUCAUCCACAGCUCUGGAUGCUCUGCUCAGUGCUGUCAGUGAAAUGGGCCAUCAGGAGGAAAUGCAAGGAGAGGCAGCUGUCGUUCACGAGGUCCUGUCCACUGAGAUAGCCGGGGAAGUGCAGCCGGACGUGAAACAGGAACAGGAGGAGGUGCAGGUCAUCGAGGAGACUGGCCAGGAGGAGAUGCAGGAGGUGCUGCAGCUUGCUGCAUCCCAGAUGAUGAAGGAAGGUCUAACCCAGGUUAUUGUUAAUGAUGAGGGAACCCAUUAUAUCGUGACAGAGCUGGACAACUGCACCUUACAGGUGGAGGGAGAAGUCUAUGGAGAGGCUGGGGCAGGAGACGGGGAGGUGGAACAGGCGGAGCAACAUGCUGGAGAAGAGAUGGUGGUCUAUCUUGGUGGUGCAAAUCAUAAUAUAGUUCUGGAAGGGUAAAGGAGAGAUGGUUAAACUAAGAGAGGUACAUUUAUCAUGUAAUUUAGUUUUACUUGUUUAAUUACAUUAGGCCAAAUGUUUGCCAGUAAAUAUCUUGCAGUUUUCUUUUUUUAUUUCACCCUGUUUGAUUCCUUUUUUAAAAAAAAAAAACAUCCCCUCUUUGUUCUGUUUUUUCCUAUCUUCUCUUGGGCUAUGCUAAACUCAGGUUAAAACUAAAUUUAUUUUAAGAGAAAGUGACAGAAGAAGGUUUUGGUGUUAAUUUAGUUAACUUGCAAUCCUCACAACCAAUGAGACUAUAUAAACCCCUUGAUUAAUGCCAUGCAUCUCAAGGAAAUGAAUAUAUUUCCUCCUGAAAUAUGUUUUAAAAUGCGUCUAAUAUCCCGAGAAUUAAAUUGUUCAUUAUAAAGGAAAAUAUGUAUUCCACGUUCUAGAGGCAACAAUGUUUUUUUUUUGUUGUUGUUGUUGUUUUUUUGCAAAUUCUUCUGUUCUUUAUAAUAUUUCUGUUUAAUAUUACCUUAAGCUUUGUUUGUUAUGUUAGAAUGUUUUCAUGUGUCAGAUGACACAGUGGUUUAUUAAUUUCUGUCUAUUUUCCAAAGUUUGUUGCUUUCAGGUGUUUGUAAUGAUUAGUAUGUUAUCAGUUAUGGAACAAUAGGUUGACUUAUUUUGAAAAUUUCCUAAACAGAUCUUACACAUGAUUACUGCAAAUGUAACAGAAUAAAAGUAAAAUAAUAAAUAGUCAUACAUUUCAUUUUUUUGACAAUCCCAGUGCUGUUUGUCAGCUCAGCUUUUGGGAAAGCUCUGAAAACCAUUAAUGCAAUUUCAUUUCUGACAAUAAAGAUUGAGCCUAAUUUUUAUCAA